AUGUUCAUUUAUGCUGGAUGCCUGGGCUUGAUCCUGGUGUGUACCACGGCUAUUUUCAGGAAACGGGAAGGGCGUUCACUGCCUCAGCAAUCACACGACUACUCAGAUUUUAUUCGCAGAAAUCGAGCCAAGCAAGAAGUUCUCAGCAGAGCGAAGCUGGCUGUUUUGCUGGUUUGCAUAUUCAUUUUUGUGCAGGGACCGUACAUCUUACUAUGUUUUACAUUUGAGAUCUUCAGCAGCAGUCUCACGAACACUGAUCUGGAUAUACCACAGGAUGUUGAUACCCUUAUCACCUGGCUGAAGUUCCUCUUUCCUUUGCUGUCACCCAUCGCUAUCUUGUGCUGGUGCUCGGACAUUUCUGGUAGUGUCAAGGAACUGUUCCUGUGCCGCUCAUACGAUCCUCCCAUGAUUGGAUCCAACAUCAUUGGAUACAAGGGUAAGCUGGCCACAAUUAAUACGCGAGAGCCGACACUGCCGACGCCGAUGGUGUACCACGAUAAGCUCACCCCAGAUCAGGGUAUUCAGAAGAUGAUCGUGCUCACAAUGCAUGGGAGUGGUACCAAGUGUUAUGACAUUGGUGGCAACACCGGAAGGUCUGCAGUUGAAGCUACCAUCCUCUGGCGCUACUCCAUCUAUGAGCAACUUUUUGCCACGACAUGCGGCUGCUCCUCAAUUCUGGCCUCAGUGAGGCUGUUGACUGACACUAGCGACUUCCUUCACUAA